AUGCAUGUAUUAGCAAUCUUGCUUUUGAUUCAAUUGGCAAUUGCUAUAUCUCCUACGAAAAAUUACACCCCGGGGAAAGUCAAAUGCCCAGGAGGGAAAUUAACACGGGAAGCUAAUGGAAUUUGUGCAUCUGAAGUAGAAUAUGUUAACAAUCGGAAAGACAUUGCCAAGACUAAUUUGCGCCAGUUCCUUAAACUGGUAUCAAUGCGUGAUUUCGAUGUUGAUGGGUUCCUUGAUAGUGGGGCACCGUUGCCAGUUAUUGGUAUGGCAUUCAGUGGUGGUGGGUACCGGGCUAUGCUUUGUGGUGCGGGACAAAUAUCAGCUUAUGAUUCAAGGGUGAAAUCAAAAGAUAAAACCUUGGCUGGUCUUUUACAAUCCACUACAUACUUAUCAGGUCUUUCCGGUGGGAAUUGGCUUGUUGGAAGUCUUAUUUCAAACAAUUUUAUUUCUAUUGAUGAAGUACUUGCUCAUAAGAAAUUAUGGGAUAUAGACAACGCUUUGCUUGAUUAUUAUGGUGACAAUUUCAUUGCUAAUAAGAUCAUGUGGGCAGCUAUAUCAAUGCAAGUCUGGAGUAAAGAUUUGGCUGGGUUUGAAACUAGUAUGACUGAUAUCUGGGGAAGAGCUCUUUCUUAUCCAUUAUUAGCAGCUACUGAAGACCAAGGAGAUGCAUUCUUGUUGUCAGACGUUACUUCUUUGCCUGCUUUUAAAAGCUAUGAUAUUCCAUUCCCUAUUUUAGUGGCCGAUGGGAGAGCGCCAAAUUCCACAAUUAUCAAUUUGAAUUCCACCGUAUUUGAGAUAACUCCUUAUGAAGUUGGAUCAUUUGAUCCUAGUUUGAACACAUUUGUUCAAACCAAAUAUCUUGGAACACAAUUAGAUGACGGUGUUCCUAAGAAGGACUGUAUAAAUGGGUACGACAACGCGGGAUUCCUUAUGGGUACUUCCUCAUCAUUGUUUAACCAAUUUAUCUUGCAGUUAGACAAGGCUGGUCUUCCGCCAUUUAUCAACGAUUUGAUUAAGAAGUAUAUUCUUGAUCCAUUAUCUAAAUCUAAUGAAGACGUCGCCAACUAUAAUCCAAAUCCAUUCUACAAAUCAACUAACCCAGAAACUACCAUCUCAGGAUCAAAAAUUUUGCAUUUGGUAGAUGGAGGAGAAGAUGGCCAAAAUGUGCCAUUACUUCCAUUACUCAAUCGUAAAGUGGAUAUAAUUUUUGCCCAUGAUAAUUCUAAUGACCAUAAGGGAUUUCCAGAUGGCACAUCUUUGAUUGCUACUUAUGAAAGACAAUUUGUCCAACAGGGUAAGAGCAUGGCAUUCCCAUAUGUUCCCGGCCAAAGCUCAUUCAGAAACUUGAAUUUAACUUCAAAACCUACAUUUUUUGGCUGUGAUGCUAAAAAUCUUUCUACAUUAACAGACAACAUCUAUGAUGUUCCACUUGUAGUAUAUAUUGGAAAUCGUCCAUUUAGCUACUGGUCCAAUACUUCUACUUUUAAAAUGGAAUAUAAAGAAAAUGAAAGAAGAGGAAUGAUUAAAAACGGGUAUGAAGUAGCUACCAGAAAGAAUGGAACUUUAGAUUCAGAUUGGGCUGCAUGUGUUGGUUGUGCUAUCAUCAGAAGACAACAAGAAAGAACUGGUCAAGAGCAAUCUGAACAGUGUAAACAAUGCUUCAAAAGAUAUUGCUGGGACGGUACCAUUUAUAAGGGUGCUGAUAUUGGUGAGAAUUACGAUGAUGAAGGACUUACUCUUACUGGCAAGUAUUAUAACGGGAACAAUAUUCCAGGUAUCAAAGAUGGAGGUACUGAGCUCUAUUGAGAGGCUAGAGGCUACUGUCUUCUUCAUUAAAGAUCUUAUUUAGAGACAAUAAUUUUUGUUUUAUUUUUAAUUUUUUUUUUUUUGCUUUUU